GGCGGUUCCCGGGGCGGGCCGGGGCUGAGGGGCGGCCGCGGGGUGACGUCCACGUCUGUGUGUGGAGUGGCUGUGGGAUGCCGUGCUGACCCCGGGCUGUGCUGACCCCGAGGUGAUGCCGGCCCCUGCCCCACCGUUCUGGCCCGCUGAGGCGUGACCGCGGCACCACGGCGGGGCCGGCCCGGCCCACGCGCUGCAGGGUGGUCAUCUACCUCCAGAAGGACAUGUCGGGGGACACGUGCCUGGGCAGCGCCCUGUGUCCGGCCGCGGGGCACAAGCCCAAGGCCGGCGGGCUCAAGGGCAGCAGCCUGGGGAACAAGUACGUGCGCCUCAACGUCGGGGGCUCCCUGUACUACACCACGGUGCAGGUGCUCACCAGGCACGACACCAUGCUCAAGGCCAUGUUCAGCGGCAGGAUGGAGGUGCUCACCGACAAGGAAGGCUGGAUCCUUAUAGACCGUUGUGGGAAGCACUUUGGAACAAUUUUAAACUAUCUCAGAGACGACACCAUCGCACUUCCAAAACACAGGCAGGAGAUCAAAGAGUUGAUGGCAGAAGCCAAGUACUAUCUCAUCCAGGGCUUAGUGGACAUGUGCCAAGCAGCCCUGCAGGACAAGAAAGACUUGUAUGAACCUGUCUGCAGCAUCCCUAUUAUCACCUCUCCGAAGGAAGAGGAGAGACUGAUAGAGUCAUCAAUGAAACCUGUUGUUAAACUGCUUUAUAACAGAAGCAACAAUAAAUACUCCUACACCAGUAACUCGGAUGACAACUUGCUGAAGAACAUCGAGCUGUUUGACAAGCUGUCGCUGCGGUUCAACGGCAGAGUGCUGUUCAUCAAGGAUGUGAUCGGGGACGAGAUCUGCUGCUGGUCCUUCUACGGGCAGGGCCGCAAGCUGGCCGAGGUCUGCUGCACCUCCAUCGUGUACGCCACGGAGAAGAAGCAAACCAAGGUGGAAUUCCCUGAAGCUCGAAUUUAUGAGGAAACACUAAAUGUCCUACUGUACGAGACCCCCCGUGUCCCGGAUAACUCCCUGCUGGAGGCCACAAGCCGCAGCCGGAGCCAGGCCUCGCACAGCGAGGAUGAUGAGGGCUUCGAGCUGCGCGACCGCGUGCGCCGCAUCCACGUCAAGAGAUACAGCACCUACGACGACCGCCAGCUCGGCCACUAGUGUGUCCCCCUGCAGCAGGGGCUGCUCCAGCCUGUGUCCUUGUCCUUGGACAGGAGGGAGGGAUCCCUUGGUCUCUGGCCAUUGAUUUUCAUUGGGUGUCUCGGCUCCCGAGAGAAGCAAACGGGGAUCUGUGUGCACAAAGCAGCACUAAAUGCCAAGGGCUUGGAGAACUGAGGUGUGAGUUGUGCACCUUGUGCUUUACCUGCAGGCUGGCCCCUCUUCCUGCUGGGGAGGGGGGAUUUGGAACACUGGUUCUCAGUUUGUGGUUCCUCUUUCCUAUCUAAUGACUUACGGUUUCCCCCCUUGACGUGAGCAGCACUGCUCUUCUGAGUGAGGUGGCGCGGUUUGAAAAGCUCUUUCCAGACACCUCCCCUUUCAGGGCUUGGUAUAGUGGAACUUACAGUUAUUAAAUCGAGAUACUGAAGAGAGAACUUGAAUGUGGCUGCUCUUGGCAGACGCUACAUGGGAUAAGCGCCAGGAGAAACAUUUGGCUGGCCAGUCAGCUGCACCUGUGCUCUCCCACCCCUGUCCCCAGAACACCUGCAGAGGUUUGUGUUCCAGGAUAGUGUCUGUAAAACUCAUUGAUUCCAAGGCAAGCUCUUCCAAAGUGGUAAGAAUCAAGUCAUCAAACAACCUCCCCAUGUAAAAAAUGGAAAUCUCUGAAAAUGUAAAUGUGUAGGUAAUGACUCGUCCUGGGAGAGAGAGAAAUGAGUAUGGUGAGGGAAGAAACUUGAAGUAAGCAAACUUGAGCAGAUUGUGGCAGCGUUGCCAUGGUUGAAGCUUGUCACAGUGAAAUCCUGUUUAUAUAAACAAGGGUAAUCUGGGGGAUUGGUUUUACAUUAGUUUCCUCCUGUGGCCCAAAAUUGCUAUUUAAUGUUAAAUUUCUCAAGCGAUGGGGGAGAAAUUGCUGUGACUGGGGAUGUACAGGCUAAACAAUGUUUUCUAAGGCUAGAACACGUGAAUUCCAGUUCUGUGUCCUAAAUGCCUUCUAGAGUGUAGAAGUUGAAGAAGAAAAACAGCUGUGAAAGUCUUGUUCUAACAUGGAACUGCAGGAGGCUUUGGGCACAGGAGAGAGGUGGCCUAUAUUGGAUUUUAGACUGAAAUAAUCACUUUUAUUCCGAGUGCUUGGCUAGGUGCUAAUUGUACAGGGCACUUACGGAGCUGGGAGUCAAGUCUGCUCUGCAAAUUUGGAAAUUUCUGAAAACAGUUUCAAAUUUAGUAUGAAAAGUCAUUAUUGUAUUUUUAAAUGUGUGCUUGUAUGUUUGAGCUGUAGGUAGCAGAUUCUGGUUUUGCCACUGUCAUUCAUGGUUAUUUCUGCUGGCUGCCCACUGGGAGCCGUGGAUAUGUCAGCUUUGUUCCACAGCUGCCUUUGUGUUCCCAUAUCAUACUUGGUCAUGAAGCUCCAGAUUCCACAGUGGUCAGUCCUGAACUGCUUUGACCCAUGCCAAAUCUGCCUGUAAGAUUUAAAGAAAAUUACUGCAAAAGCCUGACAAAAAAAAAAUCCCAAAUUAAUGCAGGGAGGUCAUAAGGGGAAUUGAGAUGUAGAUGGUUUGGGAGUAACAGGAGCAGGGGAGGGAACAAAAAAUUAUUUGCACUCAUUUAGGUUUUUGAAAAUUAAAUUGUUGUCCGUUAGUAAGAAAACACUAGCAGACCUUUAGGAUUUUCUUGCCUCUACACGUGGCAGGAUUCACUUCAUUCUCCUCACAUUCAGGAAGCAGCAUUGCACAGGGGUGCACCUGCCUUGUUGUGAAAGGCCUCUUGAAACCUCAAUAUUUCUAACAACUUCUUUUAUAUUGCUUUCUCUAAGGUUUUGUUUUUCCAGGUGGUUAUUCUGUUGUGCCAGGAAAAAUACAGCUGUUGAGAUUAGAUUCAACAAAGAUUUUGGUGGUAUUUCUCUCUAGUUCUGCUAGAGUGUGAUGUGGAUUUUAAAUUUUUUUUUUCUCUCCACUGAUGCUAUUGAAUUUGAAGGCACCAGCAGAGGCUGCAGUGGUGGGGUCUUUGUGCUGCAUUUAAUAGCUUCAAGUUAUUAUCUUGUGCUUUUUCUGUCUUGUAACAAAGGCUGAUGCCAUUUAAAAUCCACAUGUGGCACUUCUGUUUCUUGGCAAAUGAUUUAUAUUAUUUUUUUCUUGUUACUAUCGUAGUGAAUGUUAACAGAAUAAGUAAGUGAUGUUGAUAGCCUUGCAAAACUGCAUUUAAGUUAUAAGCAGAAAAAUGUCAUAUUUGCAUUUAUUUUUUCUGGGGAGGACAGGUAUGGGAAGGAGUGUGUGAAAGAGAAUGUGGGAUCUGUGUGCUACUCCAGAGGCUUUCUGUGCUCACAGGAUUCAUUAAUGAAAUGGAUCCAACUUGUGAAUUAUUACACUGUAAGAAGCAGAGAAAAGCUUGUGUUUUGGUUUAGUUGGUUUUCCUUUCCCUAUUUCCCAUAGCCAACAAGUAGUAUUAAUUUCUGAUUUGAAUUUAGAUUAAUUAACCUGGGAAACAGUUUUGAGAACCAUCUGGGUUGUGAGAAUCUUUUAUCAAGUGCAGAGGAUCCUCUUGGUAUUUGUGGAAUGUGGAGUAUCAAUAAGAACAGUCAGCAGUUAUGAGCACGUUUAAAAUACGUGCAGAGAUCCUUUUCAUUUCUCCUGAGUUCUGUUUGUCUGGGACUGAAUGUCCCUUGCCCCAAAAUCAUGUCCUGGGCAUGUCCAGUCUCUGUCCCACCCAGUUCUGAUCAUUUUGAGUACUGGGGUUGUAACACAUGCUUUGUAUUCUCACCUUAAUCAGUCUUUAGGUAACUGAAGGCUAUUAAUUAUUUUGACAGGAAUGUUCUAGACAUUCUAGAGCACGAGUUUACAGCCUGGUGUAGUGCAGGAGCAGCAGCACUGAGCAGGAUGAUGCAGUUUAAAGGCAACAAGUUGUCACUUGUACUGGCUUCCACACAGACCAUCACCAGUGGGUGCAUUAAUGAUGUGCCCAGGAAUUUGGAGUAGCCUUUGGGAGAAAAAAGAGCCUUUUUGCCCCACUUACAGGGUGUGAAUUGUAACUACAUUAGCUGACUUUCUUACAAGGCUCUGUCCUCUUCACUCCUAAAUUUAGGCAAACCUUUGUGCGUUCAGGCACUGCCUUGGCAGACUGAGGGAAUGAAUGGGAACCUUUCCCUGCCAUCCGUGCCCAGCCUUGUCCUUACUGUGGGCUUGGUUUGAUUUUGUUCUUCUCGAGGUUUUUCAUUUUCAGACAGAAUUCUCUCCAGGCAGCAGUGGUGAAUGUACCUGAACUGGAUGGGUCUGCCUAGCAGCCCCUGCCUUACAGUUAGGUUGUGUCCUGUGACAAUCCUUGGCAUUCAGUCUUCACAGCCGCCUUCCCCGCUGUGCUGUUGGAGAGCUCAGGUGUGCCUGGGAGGCGAAUCCUGUUCCAGCUCUGUCCCUCCCUCGGGGACAGACAGCAGGCUGUUUUCUGUACCUGUGUCACUUCUCAUCUAAUGGAAUGGUAGUUAAGACCCUCCCCUACCUCACAGGGUGGUUGACACUUAAAUUGUUCAUUAAGAGUAAAGGAUUUUUAUGAUAUUUUAUAUCCAGAGGAUAGCAAAUAUCAUUGCUGAUCUUGUUUAAACUGACAUUCUGUGAUCAAGUUAUUUUCUUAGAGAUUCAAUCUUUGUUUUAUUUUUAUGUCUAACUUUUAAGGGUCAGUUUUACAGAUAAAGUACCUAGUUAAUGCAGUAAUUAAUCAAUUAUCUGUUGGUUAAAGUGUUUUGCCAGUGCAUUAAACGGAAAUAGAACACUAAUUUUUAAUAAAGUGUUAUAUUUUGUCUUCUGUGA